AUGUUGAUUAAAAACAUGAUUGGUAUUAACCCUCAUCCACAAUGUGGUUAUUAUUCUGCUUUUCAAAAACUAGAGGAACUUCCAGCAGGAACCCAAAGUCUAACGGAGAGCUGGAAGAUUAAAGGUCAGGAUUAUGUUGAGGACGAGAUUGAGGUUGGGAUUCAGUCUGCUAACCAAGCUGUUCCGGGACAGUUCAUAAAGACUGACGCUCCAGAAUCUUCAUUUGGGAACGAGGAGCAGAUGCUGUUGGGUUCUGCAGCUAUAGGCCAUGAAAAGUAUGAGACCGAGUUGAAAGAAAGUCCCUCUGAUAAAAUUUCCCUGGAAGACACUCUUACAGAGGAUGAUGAUCUUCAAGCUUAUGGAACUCUGAAAUCUGUGAAACGUGAUCAUUUACCAGCAGAUGUCAGCAGUGACAACCUUGCCAUGGAGGAGGCCAGCCAUGCAGUUCAGAAGCCUAGCGUACCUGAUAAGAAUGGUCAGUCACUGUCACCAACUGGAGGAGAAGAUAAUGGGUUGUCCCUUAAGUUGACCCCAACUGAGUACAAAAACGAAGCUGGUUCACACUUCUCAGAUCAGAAAUCGCCCGAAUUCUUAAAUAUUCAUGACCAUUCCGAUUUAAUCAGAAACAAAGGGCUUUCUUUCGAUUACACAGAAUCCUCCCAUCAAGCUGAAGAUGCCCAUAAAGAUUCAGCAGCUGAAGCAGUUGAGCGAGAAGAAAGGCCUACAGAGAUGCCAUCAGAGCAUGAAAGUGCUGACUCUUGCCACGAGGAUUCGAUAGAAUCAGAGGCAUCUCCAAAUACAGAACUGGAUGCCAAGAGGGAACUCUCUUCUCUGGUCGCAGCGUCAAGCUUUGAACAGGAGGAAGAAGCUAUGAAUGUUGUGGCCUGCACUUUUACAACCACCAAUGAGGAAACUGAACCCAAGUCAGAAAAAGAUGAAGAAAGAAAACCAGAUAAGGACUUGUGUGCCUUAGAAACAGGGUAUAUGGAGAGCACAGAUGAAGACCUUAUUGCUGCCGUCAAAGCAGCUCAAAAAACAGACAGUGAAGCAAAAUCUGAUCUAACUUUAGAUACAUCUGUUGAAGAGAAAAGCGUAGAGGCGUUAGAACAGGGUGAAAAUAAGGAAUUCCAUCUAGUAACAGUGGCUAAAGAGAGUUUAGAACAACAUGCAGAAGAAGAUACCCAAAAAGACGCAUCUGCAUCACCCAAGGCUAAUGCCACAUUUCAGAAAUUACAGAAGAGGGAGGCUUCUCCAGCAAGAAAAACAGGCGUUCCAGUCUUACAGAGAAAAGCUAGUGCUAAGGCUGAAGGUGAUAAAGAACAAGCCGUGGCUGCUGAUAAAAAGGGAAAGACGCCCACACCAUCUUCUGCUAAAGCUAGAGCCACCCUCACCCCAAAACGACCCUCCUCAAUCACAACAACCCCUUUGAAAAAAACCUCCAGCCCGGCUUCGUCCACACCUGCUUCCUCCUCAGUCACUGCCAAAGCCACCAGUGCAGAAUCCAAAGAGGUGAAGGCAAGGGGAGUGGAGGCGAAGAGUGAUGUGAAGAGCCCAGCCUCCAGGCCACCAGGUGGUGCUAGAGCGCCUGCUAGUGGAAGCAGAAUCCCUGCCAAAACACCCACUGCCGUAGCUCCAAGAGGACCCUCUGCUGGUUCUCCUGCUUCUAAGGCAGAUGACAGAAAACCGGGGACUGGAAAAUCUGAUAGAGAUUCCCCAAGGACCCCUGAGCGCAGUGGCUACAGCAGCCCAAGUAUGCCCAAGUCUCCUUCCAGCCGCUCCCACCUGCCGCCAGGAGGGGCCACCAAGGAGGUGAAGAAGGUAGCCGUGGUGCGCACUCCACCUAAAUCCCCGGCUUCCAUCAAAAACAGGACCCCCGUGCCCCUGGCCCCGAUGCCGGAUCUGAAAAACGUGAAAUCCAAAAUCGGAUCAAUUGAUAACAUUAAACACCAGCCGGGAGGCGGGAAGGUGCAAAUAUUAAAUAAGAAGAUGGACUUAAGUAAUGUUCAGUCUAAGUGUGGCUCCAAAGACAAUAUCAAGCAUCUCCCUGCAGGUGGCAAUGUUCAAAUAGUCCACAAAAAGGUCGAUGUGUCUAAUGUGUCAUCAAAAUGUGGCUCCAAGGACAACAUCCGUCACAAACCAGGUGGUGGCAAUGUGGAGAUCAAAAAAGAGAAGCUGGAUUUCAAGGUCCAAUCAAAGAUCGGAUCUCUCGAUAACAUCGGGCAUGUUCCGGGAGGAGGACAGAAAAAGAAGGAGAAGGUGAAAGAAACGUCAAAGAGCUUGAAAGACGCCUCACAAAACGGGGACUGUCAGAGUCCCAGCCCCAGUACAGGGUGCCAGUCCCCAGUUAGUGAGUCGGUCAUUCCUGAGGAAUCCCCUGUGUUACAAGCUGAGGACUCCAAUUGAAACUCACAAGCUGUCCUUCCGCGAAACAGCCAAAGCCCGCACUGACCACGGAGCUGAGAUCGUCUACAAAUCACCCACUGCCUC